ACCAAAGCAAAAUGACGUAAAUCAGGAAAUGCUUGUGCUCCACACACCACCUGAGAAGACAGCAAACAGCAGAGGUGUCGUCGGAACAUGGAGGCGGAGAAAGAAGACGAGGAUGAAGCAUCUCCUGAAGAGUACGUCGCCCUGUCAGACUUCAUUGGAGGAGGCAGUGACCAGCUCAGUUUCAGCUCAGGAGACAGGCUGGUCGUCCACUCCAAGCCUUCAGCGGAGUGGUGGUGGGCAGCUCUGCAGGGGGUCCCGGGUUACGUCCCUGCCAGCUACCUGCGUCUGGUUACUGCGGAGGAGGAGGAGGAGGAGGAGGAGGACGUCUCUUCGGAGGACCCAUGGCAGGAUGAGGAGUACUUCGGCAGCUAUGGGACACUGAGGCUUCACCUGGAGAUGUUGUCAGACAAGAGUCGCACUGAGACGUACCGGCAGGUUAUUCUCAGCAACAGCGCUUCUCUGAAGAACAAGGUGGUGAUGGACCUCGGCUGUGGGACCGGCAUCAUCAGUUUAUUCUGCGCUCAGCUGGCUCAACCCUCAGUGGUGUAUGCUGUAGAGGCGAGCUCCAUGGCCGACUACACGAGACAGCUGGUGAAGCAGAACGGAUGUGAGGAGGUGGUCACGGUGCUGCAGGGGCGAGCUGAGGAGAUCGAGCUGCCAGAGCAGGUGGACGUCCUGGUGUCUGAGUGGAUGGGUAACUGCCUCCUGUUUGAGUUCAUGGUGGAGUCAGUUCUGCAGGCCAGGGACCGCUGGCUCCGAGACGGCGGCGUCAUGUGGCCUUCCUCCGCAGCCCUCACCCUGGUGCCAUGUCAAGCUGACAGCUAUUACACCGAGAAGAUGGCCUUCUGGGAACGGCCCUAUGGCCUAGACUUCACCCCUCUUCAACCUUUGGCACAGCAGGAGUUCUUCACCAAGCCCAAGUUCAGCCACCUCAUUGAGCCCGACGACUGCCUCACUACCCCCUGCGACGUCAUCUGCCUGGACAUGUACACUUUGCAAGUGAGAGACCUGGAGGAAAUGAAGGGCCAGUUUCAUUUUUGUGUGGAAAAGUCUGGUGUUUUUCAUGGAUUCACUGCCUGGUUCACUGUUCAUUUUGAGAGCCUGGAGGCAGGAGGUGCAGCAGUGGAGCUGAACACAGGACCCGACUCUGAGCCAACACACUGGAAGCAGACUCUUUUCAUGCUGGACAGGCCGGUCAGCGUAUGUGCCGGAGACUCCAUCAGUGGAAGCAUUGUCCUGCACAGAAACCCCGUCUGGAGACGCCACAUGACCGUGACCCUGCAGUGGAGCAUUAACAGCAGCACAGAGGAUACAGAUAACUGCCAGGCUGGAACAAAGAGUUUCCCCAUGUGGAGGUGACAUACUCUCACCCGUCAAGAGCGGAGAUCCACAGAAAACCGCCCAGUACAUCGUCUGUUCAGCUGUGAGCUGCUGCUGACCUGGAAUUAAUGUUGCCAUCAGGAUGACAGUGAAAGGAGGGUCAUCUGGCAGCACAUGUAGAUGUGCAACGAUAACUCCAUAGCUACAGGUCCAGGUGAUGCAGCACACUAUGAGCCAUGCUGUAAGAGCAGGUUUACACAGACAACUCUGGAGCUACACUAAAUGGAUUCGGUGGGAAAAGAUCAGUGACGUACCGGGGAUGUUGACAACUGUAACACCAAAUAGAUUUUCACAGAGUUCGGGCCACAACACUAUGCUUUUAUGUCCGUUGUACUAAAUAUGCAUAUUGUCCUACAAUAAGCAUUUCAUGUACAUUAUAAUUUGUGCGUACAUACCACUGGGCUUGUGUGGAUUUAACAAAGCAACAGAUUAACCAUGAAUUACAAUGGUUUCAAUGUUGGACCUUUUUUCAUUGAAAGAUUAAAGUGAACAAUGUAUUCCACUGAUACAUUACAAAUGUAAAUCAGAUUUUUGUGCUAAAAUAUGCAUUAAAAACACAACAGUGUAAUGCUCACAAAGACAUUUUUUCACAAUUAAAUUAUGAAUAAAAUAACUGUACAAUUAGGUUGUUGAUGUAAAUUAAAUUACAGCAUUUUAGGAGUUAUUAAACUACUAAUUUGCUCUUUU